CGGGCACAUUUUAUUGUAGGUGAGCUUGAGCGGCGGCGCAUCCGUGCGACGUCUGCUACAGUCGAGUCUUCCUCUAUCUUGUGCUCCAGACCAACACCAACUCUUUCUGGAGGAGGGAACGCCGAUUAUGGAAGCAUGUGAGGCAGGCUCCUCGGAGGGCCUGCUCAAGGAUCGCUGCCUCUUACCGCCGGUCGUUACAUUCCAGCCUGCGAUUAUGUCCUGGGUUUUCUUCGUAGAUCAUGAUUGCCUGCUUGCCUCAAACAAAGUAUGAAACGUGACUGGCCCUCGGAUGGCGCACCUCACCUGCCGACGAGUGUAAUGGAACGUGGAGCUUCACAGAUGUCGCGAACCAUGGAUGGUCGCUGCUAGUGGUUGCACCACAAGUUUGAGCUUCUCCAGGAGCUUUGCCAACCUAUUUUACAUCUGCCAAGGUCCAUGCCAGCCAGCCACGUCUGUCACAAUGCGGACUUGAAAUCUGCAUGGCCAGCUCGGCCCUUCCAUGUCCUCCCAGCACAAGGACGAUACAAAGCAAGCAUGAGCACAAGCCUCACAGUCGACGCCAUCUGGCGGCCCAUGACCCUCGAGGAUGUCCCUCUCGUCGUGGCCAUCGCAGACGCCGUCCAUCCAGACCUCCCCGAGGACGCGGCAGUCUUUGCUGAGCGCAUCAGGCUCUUCCCGGCAGGCUGCCACAUCCUCGUGCCACAAAAAUCACGAGAACAACGACAGGCCAGCGACAACAAGUCGCAAGCCACCACUGCCGGCCUAGGCUACAUAAUAUCCCACCCAAUCCCCAAGAAUUGCCCGCCCAGCUUGAACACCCUCCUUGGCACCCUGCCCCUCCUUCCCACGGCGAACGACAACAAUGCAGAGCAGCAGCAGCAGCAGCAGCAGUACUACGUCCACGACCUUGCCCUGGUCGCCGCAGCUAGGGGUCGGGGCUUCGCCGCCAAGGGCAUCGCGGGCGUGCUGCAUGGCCCGGACGCGCCGGCUUUGCAGUAUCCUAUGACUUCCUUGGUCUCCGUGUACGGGACCGCACCGUUCUGGCGGCGGCUGGGGUUCGAGGAGCAGGAUCUACGGGCACAAUCUCGAGAUACAGAUCAUGUCCCCGCCCUGGUUGCGAAGCUGCGGGAUUACGGCAAAGAUGCAGUGUACAUGGUCCGGCAGAAUUCUUGAUCGCGAGUGUCUAUGUACAACCAACCUUGGAAGUCUCAAGCAAAAGCCGUGGGUGGCUGGUGUUAUGUAGAUGCGUCGAUUGUACAUCAUUCCCAUAUACCGUCACACAUGUUUCCGCGUGGGAAACGGUACCUGUCAAUAUCGUUCCUAGGACUGUGCAAAGAGAUGGUCGAGCCGCUGCUGAAAUUGGAAAGCAUA